CUUAUUCCUUGUUCAUACUUCACUGGCAUACCUGCACCUACAUACAGCUCAUCAUCAUCAACAAUGCUAUUUUCUGUAUCAAAACUCUCCCUCUUAUCCCUUUGUGUGGUGGUAUUGGCCGACCCGGUCGCACGACCAGGUAUCACCCAAGCUCCUGCUCGACGUGAAGUGUUUGAACGACAGCUCGGCUCCAUCCUCUCGGACGCUACAGCAGGAGCAGCAUCCGCUCUUUCAGACGCCACAGCCGGUGCAGCUUCCAUCCUAUCCGAUGCCACAUCCGGCGCUGCAUCCGUAGGAGGUGACGCCACGUCCGUAGCUGGCGUAGCUGCUUCUGGAGCGGGUUCCGUAGUUGGUGAUGCAACUUCAGCAGGAGGUGUCGCUACAUCUGGAGCCGGUUCCGUGGUCGGGGAUGCUACCUCUGCAGGGGGUGUAGCAGCCUCUGGAGCUGGUUCAGUGGCAGGAGCAGCUUCUUCGGGAUUAUCUAGUGCAGCCUCCGCCGCCAGUUCGGGAACUUCUACAGGAGGAGCAACCUCAAAGAUGGUAGGACCGGAUCUGGACUGGUAUGAGAUAAUUCGAGACAUGUGUGAUAUAGAUGUGAGAGGAGAUGUGAGAAACAUCAAUAAUCGUGAAAGUCCGGCAAGUCCGAGAUAA